AUGGCAGAUGAAGAUCAUUCUGAUACCCAACAGUUUGUUUCAGACAACCAUGAAAACCCAAGUAAGUUUAACUUUGGUUUCAUCUAUAAAGCUAUUAUAGUUUCCAUUGUUUUAGUCCUUCUUCCGCUUUUCCCAUCUCAGGCUCCUGAAUUUGUUAACCAAGCAAUACCAGAUAGAAGUUGGGAACUUGUUCAUCUUUUAUUUGUUGGUAUUGCAGUUUCUUAUGGUUUGUUUAGUAGAAGAAAUGUAGAUAAUGUUAAUGAAACCACCAGAGGAGUUGAAAACACUCAAGCUUAUAUGUCUAGAAUGCUUUCAGUUUCUUCAGUUUUUGAUGAUGAUUUUCAAAACCCUUCUCGGUCUAGUGAUGAUAACAACAAUCAUCUUGUGCAAACAUGGAAUUCUAGAUAUUUACGUGGUGAAUCAAAUGUUAAUUUAGUUGCACAAGCAGAUAACUCUGGUUUUGAUGAACAGAUUAAUCAUAGACGUAAUGUUAGUGUUCAACCUUUACUUUUACCUGUUAGAAGUUUAAGAUCUCAAAUGCCAGACUCACAUUUUAUCGAAAACCAGGAGGAAUAUAUUGAUGAAUCUGUUGAUAGAAAUGUUGUUAAUGGGGAGGUUGAUGAGUUGGGUCCUUCAGAUUUAGAUGAAAAGAAUGUGAAUGGUCAUUUUGUGCUUCCUUCUCCGAAACCAUGGAGGUCGAGAUCAGGGAGAAUGGUUAUGAAUGAACAAGUUAAUGCUUACCCUCCUUCAGUUGAAGACUCUGAACUCAAUCAGCAUAACUAUGAAUCAGUUCGAACACCAAUUUAUUUUCCACGGCCUAAUCAGACAACUCCUUCAAUGAAAUUCGGUUCUGUUUUACCUUCCAUUUCACCAAAGCUUCGAUCCGAAAACUUUCAAGUGACUGAGAAUUUCAACAUUCCCAAGUCUUCUUCUCUUCCAAUUCAGUCGCAGUCACUCUAUAAUAAUACUACUACUCAAAAUUCUUCAUUGGUUACAUCAAAUUCAGUCAUUCCCAAGUCUUCUUCACUUCCAAUUCAGUCACAGUCUAAUGCUACUCAAAAGUCUUCACUGGUUACAUCAAAUUCUAGUCCAAUGAUGGAAGAAUUUUUAUUAGAAAGAGAAACAAAGAGAAGUUCCAAAGACCAAAAGGACUUACGGAGGAGGAGUAGAGAGAAUUUGGACCUGCAAUUUCCAAAGCCAGAAACGAUUCAGCAAUCCUUGUCUAUUGUAUCACAUUCGGAUGCUACUACAAAUGGGUUUGCAGUAGAUAAGGAUAUCAAAAGGAGUCGGCAGAAGGAGUUGAGAAGGAGAAGUAGAGAAGAACUAGGAUUGGAUUUUCUGAAACCUGAGGCAAAGUCAAGUGAAAAUUCUUCGUCGAUUACAUUGGAUACUAGUGCAGCUGGAAAUGGGUAUUCGCUUGAUGAGAAGGACAUGGUUAGGGAUGAGGAGAACUUUGGCAGCCGGAGUAGUACCGACAAAGAGCUUGCGCUGAGCUCUUCAAAAUCUAGAACCCGAGGUGGUGGUUCAUCGAAAGGAAAGUCUGUUAGGACAAUUCGAGCAAUUGAACAAGCUGCGGAGUCUAGGAGGGUUAGGGAAGUUAAUGGAGAUCAAUUGGAUGGAAAGAAUGGCAUAAGAGCAAAGGAAAUUGAAGCCGUUCCAGAUGAUAAAAUGAGAAAAAGAGGAGAGGGGGCAGAUUCUUUGCCAUUAGGCAAUGGAAAAUCAAGUUACGAAAGCUCUCAGCCUUCACCAACAUUCUCCAGACAUCAGAAGAAGCAUAAGAAGAAAUUGUCGGAGAAAGUAAUUUUAGAGACAGAAGAGUACUCGGGUAGUGAACUUGACGAAAGACAGGGUGGUGUAGAUACUGUUUCAGACAACAUUAGUCAUUCUAAUUCAGGUUCGAAUGAGGUUGAUAAGAAAGCGGAUGAGUUUAUAGCCAAGUUUAGAGAGCAAAUCAGGCUUCAAAAGGUUGAAACAACGAGAAGAUCAAAUGGGAAGCAGCAUACAAGCACUAGAAUCUUAUCUAGGUAA